CUCGGUUCGGGAAAGCCUGUCUGCGGUGAUGAUGGCGGCUUCCUUGUGGAGCAACGUGACCGUGAAGUGUUGAGGAAAGGGAUUCGGAGCCUGGUCAGCUUUUUGUCUUUAUGAAGUUUGCAACACUGGAAGAUUACUCUUUGCUACUUGAAGAAAUUCUAUUUAAGAAAUAAUGGCUAAUUACAAGCCUGUGAUAGUCCAGUCUUUUCCAAAGCUUGGUGAGAAAGUAACGAAGGAUACUUUGUACUGGAAGAAUUACAAGGCUCCCAUUCAGAUAAAGGAGUUUGGUGCAGUGAAUAAAAUAGACUUUUCUCCAAUUCCUCCAUAUAACUAUGCUGUCACAGCCUCAUCAAGGAUUCACCUUUAUGGUCGAUAUUCACAAGAGCCAAUCAAAACAUUCUCUCGCUUCAAAGAUGUAGCCUAUUGUGCUACAUACCGAGAUGAUGGGAAGCUGCUUGUUGCUGGCAGCGAAGAAGGCAGCGUUCGCCUAUUUGAUAUCAGUGGGAGAGCUCCGCUGAGGCAGUUCGAUGGCCAUACUAAAGCUGUACAUGUUGUGAGCUUCCUAUCUGAUAAGUACCGAAUAGUAUCUGGAGCAGAUGAUUACACAUCAAAGGUUUGGGAUGUUUCAUCCUCAUCAGAAAUAGUAUCCUACAAAGAGCAUACAGAUUACGUAAGAUGUGGCUGUGCUAGUAGACUGAAUGCAGAUCUUUUUGUAACAGGUUCUUAUGAUCAUACUGUGAAAGUCUUUGAUACAAGGACAGAAAAAAGUGUAAUGACAAUAGAACAUGGGCAGCCGGUUGAGAGUGUUAAUCUCUUUCCUUCUGGAGGCCUUCUCGUGACUGCAGGUGGUCGGUACGUGAAAGUGUGGGACAUCCUUAAAGGAGGGCAGUUGCUAGUGUCCUUGAGAAAUCACCAUAAGACUGUCACCUGUCUGUGUCUGAGUAGCUCUGGUCAGAGAUUGCUCUCUGGCUCACUAGACAGGCAUGUGAAGGUUUACAGUACAACUUCCUACAAGGUUGUUCACAGCUUUAACUAUGAAGCAUCGAUUCUCAGUCUUGCAUUAGCACCUGAAGAUGAAACCCUGGUUGUAGGCAUGACAAAUGGAAUACUGAACGUGAAACAUCGGAAGAACGAAGGAGGAAAAGCACCUUUUCAUAGGAGGAGAAGGCCCGCGUUUAGGACCUUCGUGAAAGGAAGGAACUACAUGCCAAAGCAGGAGGAUUUCUUUGUCAGUAAGCCUGUAAGAAAUCAUCUGAAGAAAUAUGACAUUCUCCUGAGAAGUUUCGAGGUUUCCAAGGCCCUGGAUGCAGUUCUUCAGGCUCCUGUACGGAAGAACCCACCCGAAGUUACAGUUGCUGUCAUGCAGGAAUUAAACCGCAGAGGAACAUUGAAAAAUGCACUUGCCGGGCGAGAUGAGAAACAGCUCAGCGUCCUCCUUUCUUUCUUGAUAAGGCAUGUAACUGACACAAGAUUUGCUCCUGUGCUGAUAAAUGUUGCGGAAAUGAUUAUAGAUAUCUACAUGCCUGUGAUUGGACAAUCCUCAGUUAUUGAUAAGCAAUUUCUGAAGCUCCAAAGCCUCAUAGAAAAAGAGAUUGAUUACCAAGAGGAAUUGCUAGAAGUCUUGGGGAUGAUGGAUGCACUGUUUGCUACUAUGGCAAGAAAAAAGCCCACUGCUUUCGAUGAGAACAGAAGUGAUGGUUUGUAGAAAGCACUGGAACAAUUUCCAGUAUUGAACAAUUUCACUAGAGAAUUCACUUCAUUUGACUCUUUUCAUCAAAUAUUUUCGAAAAGUAUUGCUUUGGAACUGGAAAAAAAACCCCAAGACAUCUUUUUGAAGGGUCCGAACUACUGGUGACUUGAGAGCAAAGACCCCUCCAGGAAACGUAUUUCAAUCAGAGUUGUUUUAUUAUUAAAAAGCUAUUUAACUGUUAAAAAAUAUUUCUGCCACUAUUGUAUAAAGUUGGACUUUAUUUAUACAAAUCCACUGAGCUCUCGGUUUUUAGAGUCACACAAAGAUAAUUCAAAUUGCUUCAUCUUUUUCUCCGCUUUUUCUUGAAGAGCCAUUUAUUUGCUACUCAGACAGAAAUAAAUAUGGCACAAUUUCAACAAAUUGUGAUCACAUUGAUUUCUAUUUCAUAUCUCUCAUAUUAAUUUACUUACAGUAUUUAUAUACUGUUUCACAUCUGAACAGAUUCCAGACUGCUGAACAAUAAAAGAUAAAAUGAUUAAAAGAUAAAAGAAAUAAAAUUCCAAAUUAAAGAUUGUUAUUUAAAAAAACAGAGUACUGAUGAAAACUAUGGCUGGAAUAAAGAUGCUUUCAGGAGGUACUGGGGAAAAAUCAGUGUUGGUUCCUGCCUGACCUCCAGAAGUAAGGAGUUUCAUAGAAAGGGGGCUACCACACUGAAGUCUCUACUUUCAUAUGAAAGAACAGACUGUAUAGUAAUUUGUUUAACUCUGAACUUUUCAACAAAAUCCUUGCUGUACAAACAAGAUUUAGUUUUCAUAUUUAAUGGCAUCUAAGUGUGCUUAUGCUGAAUAUAUUUCCCUGUUGAAAGUAACUUUAAAUCCCAAGGCAAAGCAUUUAACAUCAACAUGGACUUGGGUGACAUUCUUUCUUAUCCCAGCUGAUUAAAAUAAAUGUUGAGAGACUUGGCUAAACACAUAGUUGGCUGAUGUCUUUCUCCUGCUGCCCCUCGUCACAUGGUACGAAUAGGAACAGUGUGUCAGCCAAAGACCAUGAUUAUUCAGAAAUCUCUAAUCCAAGUGACAAGUCAGUCUUGUACAAUGUUGUCAGGAUUGCCCAAGGGCUGAUUAAUGUGUUUCUCAUUGCCAAGUGAGUGAGAAGUUUAAACUUGGGCUGUACUAUGAUAUUGUGCUUCAGAUUG